UGGUAUUGUUUAAUAUUUUAUUAAGUACUAAAUGACACAAUGCACAGACUGUAUUUGAUUUUAUUAAUGAAACCGUCUUAUUUUAUUUCGGUCAUGCAAAUGUAUGUGUUUAAAACUUUGUUCUUUGGAAACUCUUGAUAAAAAAUGUUAAAGAAAACGGAUAUAUUGUGUUGAAUGUGUGUGUAUUGGUUUAUUGUUUACAUUGAGGUUUUAAAUCCUCUUUCGAUUCUGGUGCGGUUUAUCGUUUCCAGUCAAUACCGCGCACUUUCUGCGCACACGCUUACUUCCAAAGAUAGGAGUGUUGCGCCACAUACUUUUUUUUUUUUUUCUGCGCGUAUCGAGCGCAGUGUUGAUUCGCAGUAACUCGCCGAGCCGCUGUGCAGGAGCCGGCGGUCCUUCAGCAGAAGGUUGAAGGUAUCAGAGAAGAUGAAGCUGAUCCUCCUCUGGGCGCUGGUUUUACUCCUCCUGAACCAUGUCGUGGAGGCGAAGCAGAAAGACUUUUACACCUUUAAGGUGGUGAAUAGCAGAGGGAAAUUAGUUUCUCUGGAGAAGUACCGCGGCUCGGUCUCCUUGGUGGUAAAUGUAGCGAGCGAGUGUGGCUUCACUGAGGAACACUAUAAGGACCUGCAGCAGCUGCAGCGGGAUUUUGGACCGUACCAUUUUAACGUUCUGGCGUUCCCAUGUAAUCAGUUCGGCCAGCAGGAACCCGGCAGUGAUAAAGAGAUUGACAGCUUUGUGAGGCGAGUUUACGGAGUCUCCUUUCCGCUCUUCAGCAAAAUCGCUGUGGUGGGGAUCGGGGCCAACAAUGCCUUCAAGUACCUUGCAGAGGUAACCAGGAAGGAACCUGACUGGAAUUUCUGGAAGUAUCUGAUUGAUGUAGAUGGUCAAGUCGUCGGCUCUUGGAGUCCCAAAGUAUCUGUGAAAGAAAUUCGGCCGAAAAUCACAGAGAUGGUUCGCAAACUCAUCAUCAAACGCAAGGAAGAGCUGUAGACACACACACACACACACACACACACACACACACACACACACACACACACACACAAUCACAAACA